AUGACCCCACUUCACAGGCUAUCCAAUAAUUUCCUAGAAAUUCACAAAUUUCUAGUCACACAUAACGUUUCACUUGGAUUUGAUUAUUUGGCAUGUUUUGAUCUUUUGGGUAGGAAUCGAUUAAUGCAUAUCUUUGAUUACAACACUGGGUUGGCUUACAAUCCCAACAUUGAGGCCCUUAAGGAAGAACUUUAUCCAAUAGGGUUUGAUACUGUUUCAAUACAAACCAUUUUGAGAAAGCAUCAAAAUCAAGAAGUUCUUGAAUUUCGAUUGAACAGAACAGAGUUUCCAGAAUUGCAAAGACGUGGUGGAGACUUGGACGAAGAAUUUGAGGAAGGAGACGAUUUUUCUCAUUUCAUUGUGAAACGUUCGUUGAAAAAGAACAAUGAAGUAGUAUUAUCACUCAUUGGUUUCAUGUUGAACAAAGGAUUACAUCUUCAAUUAACAAGAAACAAGUCAGGAAAAACCGCUUUCGAUGUGUUGAAAGAGCAUGUGAAACCUUUGACCUCAAUGCUCCCUGAAAAACUUCUCCACCAUUGCAAACGGCCGUUAAUCAGCAAGGCUAAACACAAAUUUAAAAUUACAUUACGAGGAAAUAAUGUAGAGAUUAUUGAAAAAGGCGAGGAAUUUGUUGUAUGUAAAAAAGAUAAUACUGUUUACGCCAAAUUAGAGGUGAAAAACUUAGCCUUUACAAUUGUUCGAACAAAAAUGACGCAUGUGGUGAGAGUUGGCUUUCAUGAAGAGAAGGGUCUUCGUCCAACCAUGGAGGAUGCUCAUAUUUUGUGUCCUUCUUUGAAUAUCAGCUCCGAAUGCAGUGCGAGUUUAUUUGCAAUUUUUGAUGGCAUGGAGAAACUCUUGUCAGAAAAAGAUUUUCAAAGUUGUGGAGCUGUUGGAAUUAUUGUGCUGAUUGUGAAUGAGAGAGUAAUUUGUGCAAAUGUGGGAGAUUGUAGAGCAUUGAUGUUUGCGUUUUCUGAAGAAUCGAAUGACGAUUGUGAAAUGGUACAAAUGUCAAGAGAUUUUAAAGCUGGAUAUGAAAAGGAACGAAUGCAACAGAUAGGAGUUAAGGUGGUUCCUGGCCUUCCUUCUCGAUCGUUUGGAGAUUUCCAAUACAAACAACCUCAAGUGAAAAUUACGCUUAACAAACCUAGUUUGGAACACAACGUCAUUAUUGCAACUCCAGAAGUACAGUCAUUCCAUUUGAACAACUAUUCGAAAAAGAAACUGCUUAUCGUUAUGGCAUGUGACGGAUUGUUCGACAAAUUGUCCAAUCAAGAUGUCCAACAGUUUGUUUUGAAUCACAAACGAGAGAGCGAGCAAAGGCUAGCUGAAAGCUUGUGCGCGCAAGCCAUAGAAAAGAAAACCAAAGACAAUGUCUCUGUUGUGGUUAUUGGAUUGUGA